UUUCAACGACUGCGAGCUGAAUCACCACUUUUCACCAUUUCCCUCACCAAUCGGAAUUCUACCUUUUCCCCUCUCCGAUGGACGCCUUGCAGUCCCGCCGAAUCGAAGCGAUAAGUAUCGCCGUCGCCGUGGUUGCCAUCGGCGCCGGCACUGCCUACUAUCUCUACAUCACCAGGAAACCCAAACCGAAAGGUGAAAGGUCCUUCCUUUUUUUCACCCAUCCUUCUUUUUGUCUGUAAACGAAUUCAUGUAUGAUCGUCGACCGUGGUCGAGACUUUCUGUCGCUUUUGUGUUGAUGCUAUUGAGUGGAAACGGAUCCAUGGUGGGUAUGCAUUGUAUUUCGCAUUCUUGCAUUUCGCAUCAGACUCCGCGAGAGAUUUUUUUCAGGCCUGCCUUGAUCCUGACAACUUCAAGGAAUUCAAGCUUGUUAAGCGCACCCAACUCAGCCAUAAUGUGGCCAAGUUUCGGUUUGAGCUCCCGACACCUGACUCGGUUCUGGGAUUGCCAAUUGGACAGCAUAUGAGUUGCAGGGGAAAGGACAGUGUGGGAGAAGAUGUUGUGAAGCCAUAUACUCCCACAACUUUGGACUCUGAUGUUGGCUACUUUGAAUUGGUUAUAAAGAUGUAUCCACAAGGACGAAUGUCUCACCACUUCCGGGAGCUGCAGGAAGGUGAUUACUUGGCUGUGAAAGGGCCUAAGGGGCGCUUCAAAUAUCAACCCAACCAAGUGAAAGCAUUCGGAAUGCUAGCUGGUGGCACUGGCAUUACUCCAAUGUUCCAAGUUGCCAGAGCCAUAAUGGAGAACUCGAAGGACAAAACCAACGUAAGCCUCAUAUAUGCCAACGUCACGUUUGAGGACAUCCUUCUGAAGGAAGAGCUUGAUAAUCUUGCCAAAAGUUUCCCUGGCCGCUUCAAAGUGUACUAUGUUCUGAACCAGCCACCAGAAGGAUGGGAUGGUGGCGUCGGAUAUGUAACUGCAGAUAUGAUAAAAGAACACUGCCCCCCACCAACAGCAGAUGUUCAGAUGUUGAGGUGUGGCCCUCCACCAAUGAACAAGGCCAUGGCAGCUCACCUGGACGCUCUUGGAUUCACUCCCCAAAUGCAGUUCCAGUUUUGACAGAAGCUUGCUGUUGGAGAUCGGCUUUUCUUCUGGUUACACACACCACAGAACAAUUGAUUGACUACCAGGGAGAGACGCAACGACUUAUUUCAUCUGUUGGCAUAUGAGACCAGUUGCAGAACUUUUAAACAGAUGCAGCUGAUUAUUAUACUAUGAUUAGGGUGCUGCCUACUAUUAAUCCCCACUUCAAAACUAGAUUAAACACAUUUUUAGAACUUAAAUUAUACCCCAAUGUACCAUGUAACGCGAUACAGAUAUGUUGCUGCCUACUGAUUAUGUAUGCAGACAAAUUGUUCUGACUUUUAAUGCACAUCAUCGAUCAUAUGAUCAAGGUUAAAAGACGAAUCAGUUAAAGCAAAGCUCGUGACCAAAAAAGGAC